AUGAUUCCCGUCAACUUUAACGAAGUCUUUUUUGUGCAGAACGAGCCUACAGCGAACGGCAACAACUUCAACUGCCAGGAUCACUGCUAUACCCUCAGUGCUGCCUUCGCCGUGAUAGGGAACGACAUCGGGCAGAGGUGCCAUUGCUCUGCCCCUAGACCAAUAGGUGAUACCAGCGUCCCGAACGUAAUCGUUCUAGAUCCGCCGGCUUUUCCCGAUUUAAGUAUAUGCAACGUGCCCUGCAUUGCUCAACCGAGCUACUUUUGCGGCGGAAAUUACGAAGGAGAUGUCAUGUAUUAUGUCUACGGCGAGGAACCCCUCGCAUUCAAUGUAGCGCCUCGCACUACUACCACAAGCACCUCUCAGUCGUCCACCACUGCCGUCACUACAACGUCUGUCACUACCACUAGCUCCACGAGCAGUUCGGUGGAGUCUAGUACUUCCACCUCUUCAUCGACCUUGGCCAAUGAGUCUACGACGUCAAGUAGCACGAUAGGAACCACGACUUCGAAUUUCCAGUUCAACUACUGGGACAUCGUCCAGCGUAUCUGCCUCGUCUGGAACAAUAGUUUCAAGUUCGCCCAACACAUCCAGUCCGGCUAUUGGGGGCGGGGAAGUACCCUCGCCCAGUAUCUUAGCGGGCUCCAGCUCCAGCCUUACACUAUCCCCUACAGCAAUCUCAUCAUCUAUCGCCCCGAUAAGCUCCAUUUCCACCACAGUAUUGAGCCCCAGUACAUCUAUCCUUGCAUCGUCCACUUCUCUCACUUCUACAAUUACUACUGA